AUUUUAGGAUAUGAAUUUUCUUACAAUCUAAAGAAAUCAAUUUUGUUUUUACUUGUGGUCGUUUAUUGGUGGCAUUGAGAAGUUCUGUAUAUAAGAACUGUAUAUAAGGCUGUAUAUAACGCUGAAUUUUGAAGUUCUUCAACCUCAUUUGCAGCACCUGUUGUCUCUUUCUUCCAAAUAGGGAUGGUAAGACAAACAUCACCCUGUCCAGAUUUGGAAAAAGAGACGUGGUGCUGGGAAUGAGUUUGGGAGCUAUGUUCAUAUUAGUAGGCUGAAAAUGCUCCAAAGAGAAAAGCAACCAGCCAGAAAACAGAUUUAACAGGUUUUUUUAAAAAGAUGUACUUACUUUGAAGAAUAUGGUGGCUAAGAAUUCUAAGCUUUUUUCAGCAAGGCGUUGACCUCUCCCAAGGGCCCCUUAACUUUUGAUGUUGGGAUGAUGUUGCCUUCUCAAUAUUAAAAAGUAAAAACCAUCCAUGGAGACAAGAUUGACAAACCUUUUCUUGACAUUUGUCUCCUUUAGUUAAAUAUAUAGUUAUUAAUUUUAUUAAACGUGCAACAAGGUGCAAGCACAAAUCUAGACUGAUAAAGAAUUCAGUGGCCUAUCUGGGUCUUCCACAAGUCUACACAAAACGUGUAGAGGUGAAGCUUUUAGUGUGAAUUAGGCUCAACACCACACACAACAUCAGUUCCAAAAUAACACAAUGCUCCAACAACACAGAAUGAUGACAGCCGAUGAACAAGGUUUUGUUUUACAACAUGGCUUCAGUAAUCAAAAUCUGCAUGCUCAGCAGCAACUUCAUCAAGUAGACUCACAACAUCAACAACAGCAGAAUCCAUUUUCAAUCACCAGCGCUGAAAGUUAUGCUUCAAGUCCAAACUUUCCUCCAAGUAGUGGGUUUGGUUUACCAGGUUCUUCAUUUACUGACAAUGCACAAAUGGACUACACCAAGACAACAUCAUCAUUCAACACAACAUUUUCUGCAGCAAACGACUUCACCAUCACAUCGCUCCAUCAAACAAUGACCAGCACUGAGCAACAAUCGUCUGCAGACGAAAAUGCAGCAGUAAACUUUGAACGGGAAGAAACAAAGCUUAGUCCACAGAAGGGACUGAUAAGUCAGACCGAAAAUGAUGACGACUCCUCAGAUGAAGAUGUUCAUCAGUGUGGUCGGUGCAAGCAAGUCUUUCACACUCUAAAAGAAUACAUGCAACAUAAAACAUCAAAAGUUUGUAAAUAUCCUAAGACUGAAAAACAAACUAGCCCUGUUGCUCCUAUGAAUAAUCAAAAUAUCCUUGAGGCUGCUGCGAAGAAUACUAUUUUUCGCGACUCUUUUAUACCCAUGGGCACACCUACCGGGAUGGACUCCGAAAAUAAAGAAGAAGAAGACAAAGUUAAUGAGCUUAAAGCUGAAAACGAAGAGUCCAUGGCUGCAUUGAAAAGUUUAAAAGAGGACAAUAACGAUGUCGUAAAAAGACGACGUGGCCGUCCACCUAAAUCAUCCUAUCCUGUAGCGCCAGCAGAGCUUGAUCAAGAUGACGAUUCGCCACCCAAAGCCAAAAGAAAGUCACGACCACCUCGUCGCCACAAACCUGAUGAAGAUGCAACAGGUGCACAGCUGGACUCUGGACUGCCAGACGAAAUGAUGGUUGAUGGGCACCCAAAGAAUAUUUUACUUUCUGCUCUAGAUCCAUCAGGAUUGCCUACUGUGGAAAACAUACAAAAGUAUUUUAGUUCCCGUGGAAGAGGGCGUGGUCGAGGAAGAGGUAGGGGAAGACAUGCAUUGCAUCGAUGUCCAAUCUGUCAGCUAUUAUUUCCUAACCGCGUGACAAUGAUCGAACACAAACGAAAACACACCAAAUUAUUUAAAUGCAAAAUAUGUAACGAAGGUUUCUAUACUGAGGACAAAUUGGAAAAACACUCAACAAGGGAGAGUCAUACGUAUGGUUGUGAUCAAUGUGAACGAAUACUAACAAGCAAGCCAGCUCUGGUCCGUCAUAAACUCAGCCACAGUGACAAAAUACAUAAAUGUGACGAGUGUGCAAAAUGUUUUAAAACGGACAAGGACUUGAAAGGUCACAAACUUGGCAUGCAUAGUGCUACUCGUGAUUUUGUUUGCGAAGUAUGUGGUAAAGGUUUUUCGCGUCGUGAAAAGUUGAAGCGUCAUCUUAUGAUACAUGCGCCGGACAGACCGAUCUACACGUGUCCGUUUAAAAAUCAUGUCGGUUGCGACAAAACCUUUUACCGUAAAGACAAACUUACGCGUCAUUUAUACUCGCACUCGAAAGUAAAGCCCUUCAAAUGUGAUCAGUGCGAGAAGAGUUUCGCAAGAACGGAUAAUCUUCGUGAGCAUAUUCGCUCGCAUACAGGCGUUUUCAGGUAUUAUUGUACUGUAUGCGGAAAGGGGCAGCCAGGGCCAAAAAAAUUCUUGCAACACAUGCUAAAACAACAUAACGUAGAAAACGCGGACAUACCACAACCGUUCGACGAGCUGGCUCCCGAACCGCUAAUACAACAACAUAAAGCAGUGGUUCAAGCCGAAACAGCCGCCCGACUUGCCCGAGCUGCAUCUAGUGUUAAAAAAGAAAGAGAUAAGAAUGGUCAGAAAUUGCGCAAGGAUAGUAUGGGCGUACAGGAGAUAGACCUCGAGCCGCCGGCACAUCAUGUUACCUUGGCAACGAUGAACAGUUUAGGGUUACAACCAACGCUGAUUGCAUCGCCCACGCAGCAAGCUGUGUCGUCAGAGCAACAAAACAUGUCGCAAGCAAGAUCGGGAAUCGAGACAUUGUACUCGAUCAAUCAACAUACUGCAGGCUCACCUCAGUUUCAAAUUAGCCGGCACAUACCCGAAAACAUGGUGCGACAUUUGAGCGAGAGUAUGCUACGCGACAGUAUGGUGCGAGACACGUUGAAUCGUGACAACAACAUGCGGGAUAACAUGAAUCGCGAGAAUCUCGCCACGUCUCAAAAUAUGACGCGACACAUUGAUAGUGGAGAAGAGAAUAUCAAUCGACAGUUGCGGCAAAUUACUGAAAAUAGCGCCAAUCAGCAGACGCGGGAGGUGCAAGAACAACAACAACAACAGCAAGGUUUGCCCGCGGCUAUUACAGUGGAGGCUGGGGAAAUCCCUGUUUCAAGAGGAUUGCAUCUACUCUCACAGGGCGUGCUACCAGGAAGCCUGCAGUUCACAACUUUAUUAAAUAGUGAUUUAGUUGCAAUUGGUGAGGCUGUUAUACGGAAUCAAAGUGGAAUACCAACUAUGUUUCAACAAAAGUUUGGACCUGCGCAGUAACGAUUGUACAACCGUUAUGUGUUACCUAUAGGUUUGCUGUGCAAGCUCGCAUCGAAUGCAAAGUGUUGUUAAAAAGUGCCGACAGCGAUGAUGGUGUUUUGAACAGGGUUGUCUGCACUCCCCAACACAUCAAGGUAACCCGAACCCGAAAUAUGAAAGUUGGUUAUCUCUAAGUAAUGCCUGACGUACUGCCAUUCCACUGACGCUUAUAGGCAAAACAAGAUCACGUGAUUAAUCACUAAUCAGAGACGCUUUUGUUUUAGUAACUAGUUUUCGUUACGGUGGAGAAUGAGAUUCUAUCGGCGCCAAUGUUCUAUAUGUGUGAUAUUUUUAUAAGAACAUUAAACCUUUUUGAAAGGCUGAGAGCAAAUUCUUUAACAAAUUGUACGUAUCAUUUCAUUUUUUAUUUAAAGCUUCAAUAUAUUCUUUCUAAAGUCUUCCCACUAACUUUAGAGAUUGUGUUAUUGAUAUAUUUUGCGAAAUCUUUAUCAGAUGCUGUGGAUUUUUAAGUAUAAAGCCACGUGGACUAUCAUAGAACUGUGUUUUAUAUUUCUUGUUUUUGUGUAAAAAAGAAUGUGUUUAUAACUUUUCGCUUAUAUUAGAAUGUAUAAACAAUAGAGGAAUGGAUAUUUUUCCAGCUAUAUUUAACUUCGUCUUGUGCUGUUAGAGAAUACUCACAAAUAGAAAAUUGUGUGCUAAUCUGAGGUUGAGGAGGAGGGAGGGUGGCAUGCCGGGAAAUAUGGAGUUCUCGAAGAAUAGAAAAAAUAUUUGGUUGUUAAUCGCAUGUUCUGGUUUCACUUUUUAGUGAAAGGGCUGGAUGUUAAAUGCACAGUUAAAACCUACUUUUAUUCCAUUCAAAUUUUUAGCGUAAUCGCAUAUUUAAAAUGACGUUUUCAACGUCUUACAGGAAAUUGGGAAGAACAACCUCGUCUCUAGGACUUUAGGUUUUUUACAUCAGGACGGAAACUGAAUAUAAAAAAAAAAUCUAAGAAGCCCUGUGGACGAGGUUCGGAAAAUAAAUUAUGUAUAUAUAUAAAUUUAACUUUGCAAUCAUUUUGCGUUGUGUGCUAACUUGGAAAGAUAUUUAAUGUAUUCAA